AUUAUCCUCGCGUAGGAUAUAGUAUUUAAACUUGCUGGAUAAUCAGUUUUAAUCACUGAUACUUCAAUCCUCGUCACCAAUACCCUCUUUGUGUAAUACUACCUACAGAGGAGCAACCACCUAUCGACUUGUAACUGAAAUGGCGGGUCGCCGAGCGUGCGGUUUCGUGAUAUUUCGAAGAUUUUACGGUAGUGUCGAGUAUUUGUUGAUGCAAACGUCGUACGGUUCAUAUCACUGGACUCCGCCCAAAGGGCAUGUAGACCCCGGUGAGACUGACAUGGAGACUGCGCUACGAGAAACCGAGGAAGAAGCUGGGUUUUCUGCCAAAGAUCUGAAUAUAUUUGAAGAAGCCAAGAGAGAACUAGUUUAUCAAGUCAAGGGGAAACCAAAGACUGUUAUUUACUGGCUUGCAGAAAUGGUGAACGCACAGAAAGAUGCUCGAUUGUCUCAUGAACAUCAGAAGUUUCGGUGGCUGCAGCUGCAGGAAGCUUGUCAUUUGGCUGGAUAUUCAGAAAUGCAGGAUACGCUGAAGUACUUUGAUGGAUACAUUAUCGACAACCACCUUUAAUUAAUGGAUACUUGACUUCUCAACUCAUGUUGUACAAAAAAUGAGUUCUGAUUAAAGGUACAGUAUCGACAGGUAUGCGUAACUUGCUAAAUGAUAAUGACAAUGUAUAGAAUUAUAUCUGGCAGCUGUACCUAAAUAUACACGUGGAUAAUUGUAA